GGGGUGGACCCGGGGGCGGGAGGCCCACCCGGGACGGCGCUAAAUUGGCCGGAGGGGCCCGUCGGCGGCGAAGUUGCUAGCUGGGGGCAGAGAAGGCCACGCGGUUGCCGGAGUAAGAGAUUCCCCCUGUGGCGAAUUGGCCAACGGCUCCUUUCAACCCUGCCUCGUUGGUGGCCACUGGAGAAGCGCGGGGGGCUCCCCAGACAGCCGUGGGGACAAGUUAGAGCCAGCACUUGACCCUGGGCCUCGCGUGUAGCUUCCCUUCCCCUGCUCUAGGUGCCCCGGUGUCCGGAGGGCGGGGUGUGGGUGCAGGGGUGUGCCCUCUGUACAUGUCCCAGCACCUGGGCAACCCUCUGGGCUUGUGUUCCAUCUGGCUCUUGCUUCCUGCACGGUGGUCAAGGGGAACCACUUGGCAUCAUGUCCCGGUAUAGCUACCAAAGUCUCCUGGACUGGCUCUAUGGGGGUGUGGACCCCAGCUUUGCAGGCAAUGGGGGCCCCGACUGUGCUGCCUUCCUCUCUUGGCAGCAGCGGCUGCUGGAAAGUGUGGUGGUCCUGACCCUGGCCCUGUUGGAGAUCCUGGUGGCCCUGCGGCACAUCCUGAGGCAGACCAAGGAGGACGGUAGGGGUGGCCGUGGCUGCCAGCCAGAGCAGGUGACCCAGCGGCCAGAGGAAGGCAAGGAGAGCCUGAGCAAGAAUCUGCUCUUAGUAGCCCUGUGCCUGACCUUCGGGGUGGAGGUGGGCUUUAAGUUCGCCACCAAGACCGUCAUCUACCUGCUCAACCCCUGUCACCUGGUCACCAUGAUGCAUAUCUUUCUCCUGGCCUGCCCUCCAUGUCCUAGAGCUAUCGUCGUCUUCAAGCUCCAGAUGCACAUGCUGAAUGGAGCCCUUCUGGCCCUGCUGUUUCCUGUGGUAAAUACCCGGCUGCUCCCCUUUGAAUUGGAGAUUUACUACAUUCAGCAUGUUAUGCUCUACGUGGUGCCCAUCUACCUGCUUUGGAAAGGAGGUGCUUACACCCCAGAGCCUCUCAGCAGUUUCCGGUGGGCCCUUCUCUCAACUGGCCUCAUGUUCUUUUACCACUUCAGCGUCUUGCAGAUCCUGGGCCUGGUCACCGAAGUGAAUUUGAACAACAUGCUGUGUCCGGCCAUCUCAGACCCAUUCUACGGCCCCUGGUAUCGCAUCUGGGCCUCGGGACACCAGACUCUCAUGACCAUGACCCACGGGAAGCUGGUCAUCCUGUUCUCAUACAUGGCUGGGCCCUUGUGUAAAUAUCUGCUGGAUUUGCUCCGGCUUCCAGCCAAGAAAAUAGACUGAAGGUGCUUGUCUUUUUUUUUUUUUUUUUUCUCCCUGAGGAAGCAAGUCCUGACCUGGCUUGGAGGACACCCAAUUCUUGAUGAAAUCAUGGGGAGAGGGCAGUAGAAUGUUUGUUAUAUUUCUUUUUUCCUUCCUCUCUGUCCCUUUCUUCCACCGCUCUCUCUUUCCCAGCUCUUCCCCCCACCCCAGGACAUCUCUCCUGGAGCCUGGGGUGUUGUGCUGAGGGCUGGACUCUUCCUCCCCCCCCCCCCCCCCCGUAGGCUCUUCCUCCCGGCUCCUUGGCUCCUCGUGGCCUUAACAUGGGCAAUGGUAGUCAGUGGCUUUCACUCUGCUUGUUGGUGCUUUCACAACAGCUGGUUGAGGGGACAGGGAACAACAAGCAGUAGCUCUUUUGGCACUGAAGUGGUGAGAUUGGGUUGGGUUUCAUUUCUCCACUGCCAGGGACCUCCAGGCUGAUAUGGGGGUCCCCUUUUGUCUCCAGCACCGUCCCCUCUCCCCCACCCUCAUGGGACCGAGGCCUUGUUUCUAUACUGAGGCCUUGUUUCUCUAUACCAGCGGCAAGCCGAGAGCCAAGGGAUUUCCCAGCUCCUGGCCAAAAUAGAACCUGCCAGAGCCUUCCCACUGGUGUUGCAUGACUCCAAGCAAGCAGCCAACCAGCCACUCCCUCCAAGAUGCUGCCUGCGGUGGGAGGUGGGGGUGCUCCUCGGCCCAAGGGCUAGAUUCCAUUGGGGGGGGGGGAUGGAGAGCUGCUGCAAUGGCAGAUCCAAAGUGAACAAGUUCAAAAUGUCAACUCUUACUAGGCAGGACCCCGGGUAAAUUCUGCUUGAGAGAGCUGAAAGUGACCCAUAUCCUGAUCAGAAGUGAGCGUUAGAAAUUAAUCAAUGUAAGUGGUAACGUGAGAAAACUGUGAUUUGAAUCAUACGCUCCAUUUUAGUUGAAUGUUUGAUAAUAGAUGCCAUUUUAAUCUUGAGUGCCCCAUAAAUGUUUCUCCCUUCCCUCCCUCUUUUCCUCCCACCCCCCACUCUCUCUUUAAAAGGCAGCUUCAAGGAAGGAUAAGCUGGAGUUGGGUUUUUUGCUUUUGGUUUUUUUUUAAUUUGUUUGCUCCCUUGCUUUUGGAUGUUUGAGUUCAGAGAAUUCUUGCCUUGGGCCUGUCUUCCUAGGGGCUCCUAUCCAUCAGUUCUGUGCUUUCACUGGCUAUGUCAGCAUCCUGGAUUGGGGAAGAUACAGAUCCUGCUGGUCUUGUUUCCGAAACUAGGGACAUGUGUCGUCACCGCAGCCAGAUCCAGUGCCGAAUUGUUUCGCAUUGGGGGCAUCACACACUCCCCCACCUAGCCCACCCCCAAAGCCCAUGUCUGGGUUGCAGAGGAGGUACCAAGAAGUCAGGCUCCCAUGGGUGCAGGUUCAAAUGCUUCAAAAGGAAGACCUUUUGUUGAAAGACUUGAGCUCAGUCAUGCAUGGAGUUCAAGGAGGGAAACAGCUGGGCAUUUACUGACUCCUUGUGGGCUCUAAGAAUUGGUUUGCCUAAGAACAGAAAAAAUGGCUCAGUGACUUCCUCUGAUGGCCCCCCUCCCCUCUCCCACUCUAGGCAACCUGGCCACCCUGGGCCAGGUGCCAUAUUCCAGAUAUUACUGUAUUACAAUAGACUUAGAUUGAGCUUCAGUGACUCAGUGGUUGUGAUUUGAGUAGACGGACCUAUAGAAAGCAGCAGAGUGCAGGAGAGUCUCUUGGAGCAAGGUGAGGCCUGGGAAGUAGCCGUGGGAGGGACUGCCUUCUUAUAGAGGCCUGCGAACAUAGAACAUAGAAAUGAUCAGUUCCCAGGACUCAUGGGGGAAGGGGAUGCUGGAGGGAGAACACCAAAUACUCUUCUGUACUCUCCUUGGGCUCCUCGUGAUGCAUAACCUUCAUUUUCUGCCAUCCUCGAGGGCUUGGCCAAGUUUGUCUUCAUGCCAUUCACAGGUUGUCCUCCAGAAGGGACCCCUCAUGAGCAACUGGAUCUGCCCUGCCCACCAUCAGGCUUCCACGUGUAGGGAUGGCUGUUGGGAAAAUGUGCCUGGCCUCAGUGCCCCUUGGCUCUUUAACAAAUGAGAGGUUGGAAGGAGGUCACGGGAAGAGCCUCUGGAGGCAUGUCCUGUCCCCUUGUGGAACACAGAGUCUUCUGUAGGCAGAUAGACGGUUUCUCAGCUGGGGACCAGCAGCCCAGGUGUGGUAGGUGCUCAGCUUCGGAAUGCCACCCAUGGCAUAGUGACACCGCGCACUCUCCCUGUCUCUGUGGCAUGGCACAGGUUGUUAGUCAGCCUGGGCUUUCCUGCAGCGGCGUGCCUCUAGACCACUCGCCUUUGCCUUGGCCAUGGCACAGUGCCCCGUUCUGGCUGAUACCUUGCUUCCACUUGGAAGGAAAGAUGAACAUGAAAGCCACAUGCCUGGCUCAGCCAGGCUGGACACAGCUACACCUGUCAGGGUUGGGGGAAGGGCGAGGUGGAGGUGAGCUGCAGGGCUCCCAGGGCCCAGGUGGGCUCGAAAACAUGGUAGGCAGAGGGAAAAGAGAGAGAUCCCAGUCCACAGGCUGCACAGGGGCUCGUGGCUUGCGUUUGAGGUGCUGGGGUGCAGCAAGCACCCGAAGUGAUCUGUACCUGUUACCUUGGGCCCAGCCCCAUGGAGAGAGAGAACCUGAGCCCACCUCGGGCAGCCUGCCUUGGAGGCUGACUCCCAUGCCAGUGGGCCCAGGCUUUCCAGCUCCUGCCUAGGGCUUUCCUGGUGGUACCAAGGAGGUUCUCCAGCCACCCUGGCCAAACUUUCCGUAUGCCGUCUACCAGCCUGUGUGUCUGAGAGCAAUCAUAGAAGUGGACAUUUUCUUUUAAAACAGCCCCAGAAAGGGAAAGGAGUGCUUCUCUAGCCCCUGGGUAGCCUGGGCCACCCAUCUGGGCCCAUGAGAACAGUCCGCUUAGCUAGCCAGCUUGUGGUAGCUGCUCAAAAGAGCAGAGAUGUUCACACUUACUCACAGCCCCUUCCAUCUUCCCAGUAUUUGGUUCCGUACACCAAAGAUGGUCGGGCCCAUCUUCUUUUCAGAGGCCCAGGGACGCAUUCCUCUGUCCACUGGCAGGGUGGUUGGCUUAAGUGGGGCAGUGUACUUUGUCACCAUCUGCUACCUCCAGGCUAGCUAGUAGAUCCGACCCUUUUCCACAGCCUCUGUCAGGGUUUAACUCUGUGCUUCUGGCUAAUUCAGUGUUCUGUGGAAUGGGCACAGCUCCCUGGCGACAGCAAGUUGUCACCCUGUCUCCAUGCACUGGUGUUGGGGCUGAGUGGGGCGCCGGGGCUGAGCUAGGUGGCUCAAGUGUAAUGGAAAGCCCUUUGUCUCCCUACCUCAGCCAGAAGGACUUCCCUGGAUUUGUAGACCUUUCGAUCCAGAGUCAUCUGUCCUCUGGGAAACUGAAGGGGGGAUGGGGUAGAAGAGGACUGUGCAUGACAGCACAGGGCAAGAUGCUGGUGCUGGUUUUGGUAGACCAGGAGCCGGCUUAGAGAGGGUGUCCUACAGGCCCCCAGCCCAGGGAGGGGUCCUCCCACUGCACCCCCUGCCUUGCCCUGCCCUGCCCUCUUGGAGGGGGUAGAGUCGGUGAGAGGGAGUGAGCCUUCUUUUUCUGUAUAUAGAGUGAGCCAGUUUGUGCUCAGGAAAACCUAGUCACUUCUUGUUGCUCUCGUCUGUGACAUUUUUUUGUACACUGGUUUGCUACCCAUGGCACGAAACAAAACACAGCAAAAGUUGUUUCAAGUAAAAGCUGUUGUUUUGGAAAUUUGCUUUCUUCCAGUGUGAGUUUUGUACUAUAAAGACUUCUCCAUUUAUAUCGGUGUUAUUGUGGUAGAGAGAACAAGGUAGUCUUAUAUUGCCAGGAAAUCAGCAAACGCCUCCGCCCUGCUCCUCAAUCCCUCCCCAUUCCCAGGUGGGUUCCUGUGCACUCGGCACACCCCUCCCAGGGGCCCCCUUUGAACCAGCCUUUGUAAGCCCCCCAGACAGGGGCAGGGGCAGGAUUUUGCCAAGCUGGUUCUCGGGUGCUCCAUGCCCACCCCACCCCCCACCAGUUUGCUCAUUCCCCCGCUCCGCCCCGGGGCAUUUUAUAAAGCGUUUUCUCUGUUUUGUAAAACCUUUUGAUUGUACCGAAAUGGUUUCUACAGUCACCUCUGGAAAUAAAUGGUCAUUCAUUCGUGUACUUAGCAUCCUGAA